AUGUGGUCAAUGGGUUUGAUUAGGCGUACGGCAAUGUCCGGCGCGAUUAGAGCUUCUUCGCAGAGGACUUGGCUCAGUGGUGGCGGGUUAAGGAGCCUCACCGUCAAAGCAUCGCCGGAGGAGGAGGAGAAGAAUAAGGAGAUAACAAUGGCGGAGGCGAAGAAGCUGAUGAGGCUGGUGAAUGUCGAUGACAUGAAGAAGAAGCUUCUCGGUAUGGCGGAGAGAGACGUCGUCUCUUACAGUACACUUUUAGAAGCUUCUCAGGGAAUGGGAAUCGCCAGAUCUCUCGAUGAAGCUCGCGUCUUCGCUCGCGUCCUCGACGACGCCGGCGUCGUUAUCAUCUUCCGGGAUAAAGUCUUUUUACACCCAGACAAGGUGGUGGAUCUGAUUAGACGAGCGAUGCCAUUGGAAGAGAACACGGAAGAAGAUCAAAUCAAGGACGAAUUCAGGAAGAUGAUAAUCGUGAAGGAAGAGAUCGAUGUUCAAGCUCACAGGCAAGUGAGGAAGAUCCUCUGGUGCGGUCUGGGUACUUCGAUGGUUCAGAUUGGACUCUUCUUCAGGCUCACUUUCUGGGAAUUCUCGUGGGAUGUGAUGGAGCCAAUCACGUUCUUCGCUACAGCGACUGGAAUCAUCGUGGGUUAUGCUUACUUCUUGAUGACCUCGAGAGAUCCGAGUUAUCAGGACUUUAUGAAGAGGCUGUUCCUCUCGAGGCAGAGGAAGUUGCUCAAGAGCCAGAGGUUUGAUGUGGAGAGGUUUAAGGAAUUGGAGAGGAUGUGCAAACCGACGUCGUCUUGUCACGCAGCUAUCUCCAUACGGAAUCGUGUUGGCUUAGAACUUGAUCUCGACGAUGCGUUACAGAGCCGCAGAGAUUAG